GCGCCGUCGACACGGCCGGAGCAGGAGCGAGGUGUGUGCCGCAGCGAGCAGCAGACACGCCGCCAUGCAGCCCGUGUUUCUGGUGUCGCUUCUGGCGGCCGCUUGGGGCGCUAGGGGCGAGCCCCCGGGAGCCGGGCGCCAUGACGCCGCGGCGCAGGACAAGGCGGGCGCAGUGCAGGGACUGCAGUACUUCGCCACUGGAGUCAGCAGUCUACCGGCGCAGCAGCUGUUCGUGUACCCGGGGCCGGUGGUCGGCUCGCACCUUCUGGUGCCCGCGCAGGUGGGACAGCCAGCAGCUAUUCCGCUCCCUGGUUACGGGACCCAGCCGGCUCAACUCGCCCCCGUGCCGGCGUACGGGCAGCAGACUUCGGUGCUGUACGGGGGCGCUCAGCCACUGCACCAUGGAGGAGGGUACACCCCACAAGGAGGAGUCCUGCAAGCCGCCAGCACCCCCAGCACACCACCGGCCACGGCCUACACGACGGUCCCCGGCGUGGCCUACGCCGCCAGCCAGCCUGCUGCGCCCACUACACCGUACGGCUUCCAGCCGCCGCACGCCUUGUACCAGGAGGGCGUGAGGCCCCUGGCACCCGGCUUCCUGUUCUCCGGCCAGCAGUCCUCGUCCUCGUCCGCGCACGACGACCGCUCCCUUGCAGACGUCGACCUCACCUACGACUCGCUUGGCGCGCCGUCCACCUCCCACGGUGAGGACUACGCCCCGGCCCGGCGCCCGCCGCCCAUGAGGGCCGCCACGUACGGCCCGCCCAGGCCUCUGCCCAGGAGGCCCGCGGCAGUGGCCGUGCCGCACUACCACCCGGUGCACAGGGGCGUGGUGUCCCCCUACUACCACUACCACCUCCCGCACGGCGCGCACAGACACGCCCAAGCCACCGUGGUGCUGGGCGCGCCCUCGCACAGACAGCACAGCCAGCAGCAGCUGUACCGGGCCCAGCUGGCCGGGUACGCGCCCCACCACGGCUACCACCUGGCUGGCCAGGCGGGCCCUCACGAGGUGGCCAUGAUGCACGACCAGAGUGGCUACUCCACCAUCGUGGGCACCUUCUACCAGAGGCCCGGGCUGCAGCCACUGCGCUACCCGCCGGCCCACCGCGUCCACAGGUCCGACACCAACUGGCCUUCUGCGACAGUGCCCGGCCCCGGCACACGGGUGUCGCAGUCCAACUGGAUGCCAAUAGACACGUCCCACCGCGCAGCUCCGGCCGGGCCCCACGCCGCGACGGCUCCGGACUUGUCCGAGGACUCGGGAGCUUGGCUGCAAGGUGGCGUGAGAGGCGAGGUGUCAUCGGUGCCCCUCGGUGAAACCCGCGCGGGAGAAGUUUACAACGGGAACUCCGAGGAGGUGGUGUCGGCCGUCGUCUUGGUGAAGCAGAAGUAACAACAAGCGACACCAGACACUACGGAUAUGAGCUCCUAGUUCACAACUCAGUCACCUGCCUUGCAAUCCCAUUCUCGAACUUUGUGAUAAUUACACCUGGUGCAGAUUUAAGCAAGGUGGACUGAAAAUAAUGUGUUAGUUGUAACUGUAUUGAAACUUUUAGGUUUAGUUAACGGUAUCAAUGGUGUAAAUUUUCCCAGAUAUAUAAUAACUACUUCAAAAAAGACAAGAUAUGUUUAGCUAAUUUGUUCCCUAAAUGUUGAGUCAAUUGGACCCUAGUACUGAAAUGAAAAGUUCAGCAACUUCUUGGUAUUACAAUUUUUUUUUAAAAAUGGAUUGGACGUAACCCUGCCACUUAAAGAAACCUGGUUCAAUUCCAUGAACCGGUGACCUGGGAGUUUUGUUUUAGAUUGGGGAUUGUCAAUGAGCACAGACGUGAGACCUCAGGACUUUGUACAUUCGUGUACACUCUGCUGGCUGGGAGCAGCCUGAGAAUAAUGAUGAGUGAUUUAUCAAUAGUCUUAUGCAGUCUCCUGGUGCAUGUUCUAUGCCAAUCCUGCUCAUAGCACAAACAUGUCACGUGGUUUUAUCUACGAUCCCUGCUGCUAUAGACUAAUUAUACACAACAGAACUUAAGUGAGAAUAUCCAACUUCAUCAUUACACAUUCAUUAUUCUACUGUCUGUCAACUAGAUGAUGGAGCACAGGCUGUGAUAAUCAAAACUGAUGGUAAAGAACUGUCUAUACUAAACAUACAGCAGAACCUUCAGAUUAAAUGAAAACACAGAAAAAGGUUUCCUAACUUAUUUUUGUUACAGUACUUGUAGAUGAUUAUAAAACUUUAUUGAAGAUUGUGCAUAUUUCUGGAUGUAUAUUUAUAAAAAUUGUGUAUAGUUGUAAUAAUUUUAAAUGUUACACACAAAUUGUAAACACAAAAAAAAAUUGUUAAAAUGUUUUGUUAUUGUUUGACUGCUUUUAUAAAAAUUAAAUUAUUUAUUUAAAAAAAAUAAA